AUGGUCACUUCCUUUUCAUCCUUAGAACCUUACUUGGACAUUGUGCUGGACACUGCUACUGAAUGUGUCUCAUUGUCUCGUGGCUCUACUGAACCUGUCUUGUUGUCUCGUGGCUCUACUGAACCUGUCUUGUUGUCUCGUGGCUCUACUGAACCUGUCUUGUUGUCUCGUGGCUCUACUGAACCUGUCUUGUUGUCUCGUGACUCUACUGAACCUGUCUUGUUGUCUCGUGGCUCUACUGAACCUGUCUUGUUGUCUCGUGGCUCUACUGAACCUGUCUUGUUGUCUCGUGGCUCUACUGAACCUGUCUUGUCUCGUGGCUCUACUGAACCUGUCUUGUCUCGUGGCACUACUGAACAUGUCUUGUUGUUUCGUGGCUCUACUGAACCUGUCUUGUUGUCUCGUGGCUCUACUGAACCUGUCUUGUUGUCUCGUGGCUCUACUGAACCUGUCUUGUUGUCUCGUGGCUCUACUGAACUUGUCUUGUUGUCUCGUGGCUCUACUGAACCUGUCUUGUUGUCUCGUGGCUCUACUGAACUUGUCUUGUUGUCUCGUGGCUCUACUGAACCUGUCUUGUUGUCUCGUGGCUCUACUGAACCUGUCUUGUCUCGUGGCUCUACUGAACUUGUCUUGUUGUCUCGUGGCUCUACUGAACCUGUCUUGUCUCGUGGCUCUACUGAACCUGUCUUGUUGUCUCGUGGCUCUACUGAACCUGUCUUGUUGUCUCGUGGCUCUACUGAACUUGUCUUGUUGUCUCGUGGCUCUACUGAACCUGUCUUGUCUCGUGGCUCUACUGAACUUGUCUUGUUGUCUCGUGGCUCUACUGAACCUGUCUUGUUGUCUCGUGGCUCUACUGAACCUGUCUUGUCUCGUGGCUCUACUGAACUUGUCUUGUUGUCUCGUGGCUCUACUGAACCUGUCUUGUCUCGUGGCUCUACUGAACCUGUCUUGUUGUUUCGUGGCUCUACUGAACCUGUCUUGUUGUCUCGUGGCUCUACUGAACCUGUCUUGUUGUCUCGUGGCUCUACUGAACUUGUCUUGUUGUCUCGUGGCUCUACUGAACCUGUCUUGUUGUCUCGUGGCUCUACUGAACUUGUCUUGUUGUCUCGUGGCUCUACUGAACCUGUCUUGUUGUCUCGUGGCUCUACUGAACCUGUCUUGUCUCGUGGCUCUACUGAACUUGUCUUGUUGUCUCGUGGCUCUACUGAACCUGUCUUGUCUCGUGGCUCUACUGAACCUGUCUUGUUGUCUCGUGGCUCUACUGAACCUGUCUUGUUGUCUCGUGGCUCUACUGAACCUGUCUUGUCUCGUGGCUCUACUGAACCUGUCUUGUUGUCUCGUGGCUCUACUGAACCUGUCUUGUCUCGUGGCUCUACUGAACCUGUCUUGUCUCGUGGCUCUACUGAACUUGUCUUAUGCUUAUCAAUUAAUGAUACUCAUCACCACUCACGCUACGGACAAGCUCGUAGAUCACUGUCGGCAGUUGGCGAUCUCUCAGGUCAAAGUGUGCUGAUGGCUUCAUCUAGUCGUUCAGUAUCGAACUUCCGUUUUUGA